CUCGAAAUGGGGGGAUAAUAAAAGAAAUGUUCACUCCUCAAAACAGGGUAUAUGACAAAUGUUCACUCCUCUAAAUAGGGGAUAAUAUGUAAAAUGCUCACUCCUCGAAAUAGGAAGAUAGACUUCAGCUGACGCCUUGUUUGAUAUUCGUAUAUCUCGAGGUGAAUACUUUUCAUAUCGUCCUCUCAGGAAUGCAGUAUUUAUAUAAACUGUACAAGAAAAAGGCAAUAAUGACUUAGGCUAUGAGCCAGUAAUUGUAUAUAAUAUGUGAGGAAUCACGUUGACUGUGGCGGAACAGUCUUACAAACGUCAUUGAUAAUUCUAGCAUAAAACUGCUGUUAUUGUCACUUUUCGGGGCUGUUUUAACAGGAGAGAAAACGUGUGUUAACAGAGAGAUUCUCGCGCUCACGUGCUGUUAUAACACCUUUUUAUAUAUGCGCGUUCCGUUGCAAAGCGUAAACGUAUUACGGCCCCAAAACGGAUAAUUCAAAAGGAAAUGACGUCAACGUGAAAAAACAACAUAGACUUUACCGCGCAUUUCAUGGACAUUUAAUGACGUUGAGGGACAAUAUAUUCAUUUACCUGAGUUUUACGCGUUUUAUGCUAGAAUAGCGUUAGCGCAUGUUCUUUUCGUGUUGUAACAUCUUCAGAAUCCCUCGGGAAUCGUUGGUACCCUCGCCCUAACGGGCUCGGGUACCAACCAUUCCCUCGGGAUUCUGCAGAUGUUAUAACACGAAAAAACAUGCGUUAUCCCUACAAUAAUGCCAUAUCAAAAAAAGGUUAUGUGAUCAUCUACCAAAAAUGCAGAUUUUACAUAUUUUAUUAAAUAGUUAGUGUAAAAGCCUGCAUUUUGGUAGAAUCAGUAGUUAUGGGUGUUUUUUUUUAACUGAUAUCAUGUAAAAUAUUACGUACUGAACUUAAGCUUAUAAGCAAAAAAAAAAUGAUUUUAUCAAUAAAAUGUUACAUUGAAUAGAUUUUAAAUUUCUAGUCGCCAGUCAAAGCACUCAGUUCGUUGGUAGGGUUACUGGCACUUUUCGAUGGAAUAACUGUCAUAUUAAAGCACAUUCUCCUCCAUAUUUUGUCUUCCUUUUUGUAACAUGAAAAGAGACAAUUCUUGACAGUAACAAAUGAAAAUAAAUAAAUCACAUCGUUCGAGAUUCGAACACAAAACGUACUGAUUGUCUUAUGUUCCGCCUAUUGCUAUAUAACUGGAUUUGCUUGUCUUAACUUUUACCCUGCUAAAUUUCUAAAAUCACUUGCCCCCAGCAGGCUAAAGGUUAAAUACGCAUUUUUCAGUGCAAACCUUAUAUUACUUUAGCAUGAACAUUCAUCUCAAACUGUUGUGCAAAAUGUAGAAUUGUAAAUUAAUAAUCAAGUUUUGCAAGAAAAAAAGUUUUUGACAAGGUGUUGCAUAGAAUCCAUUAUUCUCACAUUCAUAUAGAGUUAUCCGUACAGCGAUACCUUCAAUGCUACUAUCUACCAUGUUUCAACAUAAGGAAUAAACAAUAAAUAAACAUCAAUAGCUACAAACGGUAAGAGAAGAGGUGAUAAUAACGAGAAUUAAGAAAUCAAUGGCUCUUUGUCACCUUCCUGCUACCGAGAAAAACGUUCAGCCGUUGCAGUGGUAACCAUUAGCGUGUUGUGUGUCUUCGUUCAGUCUUUCCAAUAAGACACCUCGUAAAGGAAGGGAGUUAGACAACAGUUCAAGAUGCCGUUUUGGCAGAAAUCUGGGGGUAUUGUGGCCCCUGCUAAGCCUUCAAUGACCUCCUCGAUGACGUCACUGUCACCAUCUCAACUAAAUGCAGCCAUCAUGGACAUGUUGCACGUGAACAACACCGGGAACCAGUGUUUAAACGCUUGCAGAGGUAACCCGAUCACGACAGCUGGUCAGCGGAACCAGAUGAUCAAGAUGUUAGCCAUUAUUCUUAUACCUGUCUCUAUUCUUGUCGGACUCACCGGCAACUCAUUUGGCACGACGCUCAACAACUACCUCUACUCAACGUCCAUCAGAUCUACACUUCUCUUCAGUUUGGAUAUGGCGUACAUGAUUCGGUCCCUGCAGCGUGAGAGAGAUGGCAGCGCCCUCUACCUAAGUUCAAUCCGUCCGGAGACAAAAGACUUCUUACUUCAACGCUAUCUUGAUACAGACGAAGCUGUGCAGAAUCUGCCAGAGUGGCCGACUUCACUCAGUGAUACUAGAUCUGAGUUCGAUUCCAGCGAGACCUUCUUAAAGACUUUGAAUCGACACAGAUAUGAGUUAGAUACGUUAAAAGUAACGUUUCACGAGGAAUUAAUCACAUACUCUGACUGGAUUGAAGUUUUCAUCAAGUGGUUCUACAAGUCUAUCACUGAGGCACGUGCAGAAAAGGUGUGGAAAGCGUUCGUUGCAUACCAAGAACUACUGGUUGCAUCAGAGUACCUCGGCCGUGAACGUGCGAUGGGUGUUAUAUUUUACACCCUUGGUGAGUUCCCGACACGAGAAGAGUACUUGUAUUUCGUGGAAAGCCAGGAUACCUCCAACGCUUCAUUCGCCGCUGCUCGGCAGUACUCGACAAUAGCGAAGGAGAUCUACGACGCUAAAAUCAAAGGAAAUCCUGAAAUCAUGCGCACCAUCCAGAACAAAAGGGGAGAAAUUCGCUCCCGGAACUCUGGGGCCGUCAACAAUACAGUGGGGUCUCUGAAAGAUGCUAAAUUCUGGUUUGAAAAUAUGACAUACUUUCAGGAUAUUAUCCGCGAGGCCCAGGUGUCACUGGCUCUAACAAUAGACGGUCUUCUAGCGGCAAGACAACAGACCGACCUCACUAAUAUCAUCAUCAUCUGUAUCAUAUUCAGCGCCGUCCUUAUACUCUGUCCCGUCAUCAUCUACGCCGUUUACAAUCUCACUGUUGAAAUCCAGAGAUGUUCUCUUCAUAUCGCAGAUAGAACUAAGGCUUUAAGCAAGGAGAAGAAGAGAACAGAUACCCUGCUGUAUCAGAUGUUACCCAAGGAGGUUGCCGAGCAACUGAAGCAAAAUCAGGAAGUGAGCACCAAGGAGUUUGUAGAAGCUACCAUUAUGUUUAGUGAUAUUGUCGGCUUCACUAAUAUUUCUUCACGCAGCUCGCCCCUUCAGAUAGUUGAGAUGCUGAACAUGAUUUACUCGUGUUUAGAUGAGAGAAUAGAUCUGUACGAUGUUUACAAGGUUGAAACUAUCGGAGAUGCUUAUCUAGUAGUAUCAGGUGUCCCUAAACCAAAUGGUAAACGACACGCCUCCGAGGUAGCCUCGCUGUCACUUGACAUUCUAGAGCACGCGAAUAGGAUGGAAAUCCCGCACAUACCUGGAACAAACGUUAGACUGCGAAUCGGCUGCCAUAGCGGUCCGGUUGUGGCGGGAGUUGUUGGAACAAAGAUGCCUCAUUAUUGUGUCUUUGGUGAGGCCGUGAACGUGGCCAACAAGAUGGAGGCGCUCGGCAAACCCUGUAAAAUCCACUUGAGUAAGACAACAGCUGACAUUCUCACAGAGGUUGGAGGGUACGUGAUCAGUGAGAGAGACGACUUUCCCGAAAAGAAUGACCAUGACCUGAUGAUUGCAUUUAAAGGGAACGUGAAGACAUACUGGUUGGUUUGUCGUGAAGGUUUUGCUCCCCCAAUGACCCCUGACCUCGAGACAAAGGCUUGAACAUACUUCCGUGUUGUACAA